CGUAGAGACCCCGGGCUGGUAGCGGCUUUGAAGCCUUGUUCUCUGGCACCAUGAGCGGACGUAGUAGGGGUCGAAGGUCUUCCCGCGCCAAAGGCCGGGGCAAAGGCCGGGCCAGAGCCCGGGUCCGGGCCGCUGCGGAAGACGCCUGGCGCGACGAGAAGCCGCCACAGAGCCCGCGGCUCGGGGAGGACUCCGCGGCCGCGCAGGUGCAGGCCGGCGCAGCCCAGGGAGGCGCGGAAGCAGCCGAGCCGCGCGACCUCCCGCUGGACUGCGGCCUGGCGUUGCGGGCACGGGCUGCAGGCGAGCGCGGGCUGGCGGCCCCUGAUCCGGACCUGGAGAGGGCCCGUUCCCUCGCCGAGCGCCUGACCAGCGACACCAGCUUCGUGGGAACCGUGGGAGCCUUGGCGAAGCUGCGACGCGGCUCCCGCAUUGGAAAUCGGCGAGUCCCCGGGAGGAAGGCCCCAGAUACUCGGAGCGCCACGGGGAGGGGACCUCAGGCCACAGUUAGUGGGAAGCCUAAGAUGGCCUCUGCGGGGCCGUGUGCCGCUGCUCCAGUGGGGGAGGAAAAAAGGAUGACAGAGAAGCAUGCUGGGGCAGGGUCUCCCGCGACAGUGGGCAGCAUGGAUACCCUAGAGACGGUCCAGCUAAAGCUAGAGACCAUGAAUGCACAGGCUGACAGGGCAUAUCUCAGGCUUUCUCGCAAGUUUGGCCAGUUGCGACUUCACCACUUAGAGCGCAGGAACCUCCUUAUCCAGAGCAUCCCCGGCUUCUGGGGGCAAGCUUUUCAGAACCAUCCCCAGCUGUCAGCUUUUCUGAAUACCAAAGAUAAGGAGGUAUUGAGCUAUUUGAACAGACUGGAAGUGGAAGAACUUGGCCUUGCCAGGUUGGGCUACAAAAUCAAGUUCUACUUUGGCCGAAACCCCUAUUUCCAAAAUAAGGUGCUCAUCAAGGAAUAUGGGUGUGGUCCAUCCGGUCAAGUGGUGUCUCGCUCAGCUCCAAUCCAGUGGCUCCCAGGCCAUGAUCUACAGUCCCUAAGCAAGGAAAACCCAGAAAACAAUGGUAGUUUCUUUGGGUGGUUUUCAAACCACAGCUCUAUUGAGUCUGACAAGAUUGUUGAGAUAAUCAAUGAGGACCUGUGGCCCAAUCCUCUACAGUACUACCUGAUCAGUGAAGAAGCCCGUGGAGAGAAAGGAAAGGAAGACAGGCCAGGUCCAGCAAAACAGCCAGCAGAGAGCCCUGCAACUGCAGUGAGGCAGCCCAACUGAUCUGGCACAGAUCUCCCUACCACCUCUUGCUGGACCCAUUAGGCUGAACGCGUGGGUUUGGUUGUCUGCCUUCUGUUCAUACCAUCUUAUGUACAUGGUAGCCACUUUGGACUUAUCUUCAAGAAUGUGACAUUUGUGAUAAUAUUCUCUGCUUCCCCAUGACCUCACCUUGUCACAGCAGUGUUGCGUGUGUUACAUUCUCACUGUUUGUGUAUCAAUCACUUCUGAUAUAUGACUUUCUCUACACUAUCCAGUCCCCGUUCUUAGCCCUGGCCCUUCCCUCUUUUCUUUCACCUGGACAUUCUGAGUCAUUGUCCAGAUGGACAUUCAAGCUAUGCUGCUUCAUGGCCAGUCAGCUGGGCUUUGUGUCCAUUUUAGCAGUGCAUGUUAUCAGUGGUAAGAUUUUACAUUGCCAUCACAAAAUGAAGCCAGUGCUUUUAUUCUGUAGGUAUGGAGACAUCAACAAAGGUUCUUCCUAGUUUGUUUCCCACUUCAGCGUAGGGUCCAGCAAACCACUGGUGUGGAUGAGGACAAGGGAAAACAGGAGUAUGUUCUGUUCACAUCGUACACCUCUUCUUGCCUCAUAGACAGUCCACUAGUGUGAGCCCUCUUCAUAGACUGGCUAUGCCUGGCUGCAUUGUUUAUCAAAGACCUCAAGAACUGCCUAUGGACCCAGGUACCUUCCCCAUGCAUGAGCUACAAACCUACCUUCCCCAGACUUGAGAAAACCUACUGCUUGUCAGACUGGUGGGCAGCCUGGCAUUUGUGAACAUAUGCUUGUUGCUAUCAUGCUGUGAGCCCUGAGAAGGGUAGGGCUUUGGACCACUUCUUUAUCAACUGGGUAUCUGUGCCAUUUCUCUUAUUCCUUAUUCCUUGCUAAGAAGGGACAAGAAGGAAUUUUGAGGAAGAGAGAUUUUUCACUUCUAUGCCCAUGUUUACGUCACACCUUCAUGCAACUUAGUCCCCUUCCCUAUCAACCUACCUUGGGACUUCCUAUUCUCCUUAUGAACCCUCUCCCUGCCUUUUAAAAUAGUACCACAGUGCAGGCAAAAAAAAAAAAAAAAAAAUCAUCAACCAGACUUUUCUACAUACAGUUAGGGAUGCAGAAAGGGGCUUCCUUUGCACACUCAUCUAGUAGGCUGAGAUAGGAUAAAGAAAAACCAAAAGGCCUCAAGAGAGUCUAUGGUCAGACAUAGGACCUGAAUCCUGGGCUUGUUCUGUAGUUCUAAAGUUAUAUGCAUCUGCUAGAAUUAGAAUCCCUAAGGCAGCAGUGUUGUGGUCUCUUGUUGUGUCUUCUAUCUGUUCCUUUGUAAGACCCAGGGACUUCUUCCUUUUGUCUCAUUUGAUAGCCUAUGCCAUUGGGGUCCCCAGCCCCCAGCUUUCCCACUCAGUAGUGCUUUGCUGUCUUUGUUUCUUAGCCCAAAUGUACUCACUGUGGAAGAAUCCCAAGGUGUUACUCGGGACAGGACAGGCAGAACCUGUCCUAGAUAUUUCUGGUAAGUGUGCAGGCUGAGCUGGACCAUCUCUAUCAAAGUUUGUCUGUGUUCUGACUUAUCUUCUGUGGAAAGUAGAAGUCUGUAAGCCAGCCCCCAUGCUGGUAUGGAAGACUUCAUUUUAAUCUUGGUGAGGGGGUCCUUGACUUAGUGGUAAGGAGAAAAUAGGCAAGGGCAUCAGGACAAGAGAACUUGGUAUUGAGUGGGUCAGUAAAAACUUGAUAGAAAUGCAUUGUGAAGCUGCAGAGAUAGUGAUCCUGUCUCUUAGUGAUGAAGGUGACAGAAGAGACCUUACUCAGCCUUGGGAUGGGAGAGUUAAAGGUGUUGUUGGUAAACAAGAUGCCUGGGCAAGGAUGGAUUCAGAGUUCUGGGCAGUCUUCAUCAUUGUUAGUUAAUUUAUUUUUUUGUAAUUACAGAAACAAACCAAAAGUAAUGUUACUAUAUUGGGUAGAAGUUAACAUCCUAGAGUGUAUAAGAUUAUGCUAAAUGCUGUGUAUUUGUCCUCUAAUUAAAAUCUUACCACUUUUUGUAUUUUUGCCUAAUGAGGAAAACAGAGCUGUAUAAAUUUGCUUUUGCUCUUUAUUAUGUAAAUUUCCAAAAAAUAAGAGUAAAGAAAGUGGUCCCUGUACCCUGUGUACAUUCUACCUAGAAGUAAUGAGUAACCCAAUGUCAUCUGUAGCUUUUUCCUCCUGCAUUUUUCGUGAAAGUCCAAGUGCAUAUACCAGUGCAGCUGGAUCUAGUUUGGGAGCCUGGGGCAUUGAGGUGAAAUGUGCACUCUAAUGAUCACAAUAAGUCCACUAAUGUCAAUUUUGUGUGAAUUGAUGAUUUUUCUAGAAGUGGGACUCAUGAAUGAGUCUUCACAUUUAGUGGAACUCAGAAGAGCAUUGGUGAGGAUAUUCUGCCACGGAUACAAAAGAAGAGACCACUGUGUUGUAGAUCUGCCUAUGACCCUGAUGUAAGGCACUUGAGAUCCUUUUCUCCCUUGUAACAUAGAGACUCAUAUGGACUGUUAGGGUUGCUGUGUUCUGUGAAAAUAAUCAAAUACAACAUAAUCUUUUCAUUAGUCUUUGCAGUUGAUAAUUUGAUAUCCUGGUAAUAAUGUGAUUAUUUCCCUGUUCCUAAGUGGCAUAAAUACUUGCAAGUGUGCAUGUAUGAUGGAAAAAAAUAAAAAAAAAUCUUGUGUCACCAUUGUAUUUAAUAUUACAAGGUAAUAAUUGGAGGGUUAUGAGGCAGGAGCUGAGCAGAAGCAAGGAGUGAGAGGUGUAUACUAGCCUAAGUAAGCAGGUCCCAGGCCUCAGGCCUUUGCCUGACAAGUUACACAAGAAUA